GGUUUGGAUUUGUGAGAUAUUUAGAGGUGAAAGAUAGAAGGGAGCUGGAAAGAAGGUUAGAUCAGAUCUGGGUAGAAGGAAGAAAACUGUGGGUAAAUACUCCGAGAUAUGUAGAGGCAAAAAUGGAGGUGCGAGAUCAGAAAUCUUUUCAAGAUCUUGAACCGAAACCCCAAACCAGGAGCUAUGCUGAAGUGGUGAGGAGCCAUCAGGAGAAAGAUAAAGAGGAGAAGGGGAGUAAGCACUUCACGGUGAAUCUGUCGGAAGGGCAGAGAAGCGGUAGAAGCCAAGCGAAAAGUGAAGGGGGAGGCAAUGAUAACAGGAAAGUAUGGCAAGAAAAAGGCAAGAGUGCAAAUUGGGCUGGAUUUGAGUACAAUGUUAAUCCAGAAGAGUUCGCAUGGCUUGAAGGGUGUUAUGUAGGAACCGUUUACUCGGUGGAAAUGGUUCGAAAUUUGCAGGAAAAAUUUUAUAUGGAAGGCUACUUUGCAUGCCGAAUCCGUGCAAUGGGGGGAAAAUUGGUGCUACUUGACUGUGAUGACAAAAAUGAGUUGAAAGAAUUGGUGGAGUCAGCAACAGAGUGGUUAAGUCAAUGGUUCACAGAUGUGAAACCAUGGUCUCCGGAAAAGGUAGCGGAUGAACGCUCUUGGGGUAAAUUCAUCUGUUUGGAUGACAACACAAGCCAAAAAAGAAGAUUUGAUGUAGCUAGAUUCCUGCUCUCAACACCGAGUAUGAAAACAAUAUCAGUCUCGAGACAGAUUAAAAUAAAUGGGUCCAUGUACAAUGUUAAAUUCACGGAGGAGGAGUUCACCAACAGCUUCUUCUCCUUGAAGCAAGACUUCAUGCCAUCUUUUCAAAGUGAAUCUGAAAAUGAGGAAUCAUGGUCAUUAGAUAGUGAUAAGGAAGAUAGUGAUCUGGAAAAAAUUGCAGAGUGGGAGCAAGAGAAAAAAAGAGACGGUGAGCCGGAGGAGGAAGAUGAUGAGGUGGCAUACAGUACAGGGGAGAUUGAUGGAAGGUAUCUGACACAAGAUCUGCAAGUCAAGAAAGGGGAAAUCGAAGCUGUGGCAGAGAGCUCGGUGCGAAUUCAAAUUUCAAAUGAAAAUUUUUACGGUGCAGCGGAGGAAGGGGUGUUACAAAAUCAGGGGAAUUUGGAAAUUGUGAAAGGAAAGUUGGGCUUCAAUGAGAAACUUAGGAAGAGGUUGAAUUGCAAGCCCAAAUCACAAGGCAGCAGCCCAAGUGAUGUGGGGUCAAUAAAAGAAGGAUUGGGCCAAGGACUAAGGGGAGUAGGCCCAUCUAUGGGUAAAAUAAUUGAGCUGAAUAAAGACAAGGGGAUAAAGGCGGUGAUUAAUGAAAGUGAGAAAGGGAAAGCUGUCCAGAGGGAGCUCGACGGUGAUGAGGGGAAGAGACAGAGGUCAAAGCAGAAGGGGUCGAGGGGGGACAAGGCGACGUCUUCUGUGGAGGAAGUGAGGGAGUCGAUCUUGUGGGAUCAGGAGGGUGAAGAAGAGCAGGAGCAGAUCUCGAAGAAGAUGGGAUCGAGUGGGGCAAAGGCGUCAACCGCUGAAGAGGAAGGAAGUGACCUGAUCCAGUGGGAUCACGAGGAUGAGGCGGUGCAGACGCAGAUCUUGAAGCAGAAGGGGCCGGUAGCACAUCUGCAAAAGAGGAAGAAGAAAGUUAAGCUUUGUACUGCUGUCUACCGAAAGGAGGGGUCUGCCGGUGUUCAACGGAGAAAGAAGAACUUAGGAGGAGGUGCAAAACAAACCCGGGAAACAAAGAAAGGGAGAUUAGUGCCGGAGUUUUUGGCUAGCCCGAAUGGUGAGAUAGCAGGGGAAUCCAUCAGUGAUAGUGGCAUAGAAAACUGCAACAGGGCUUGGAAGGAAAAAAUGCACAGCCAUCUUGCCAAGGAAAUUUGGGAGCUAGCUAAACAAUUGGGCGCAACAACAGAAACGGAUGAGGCGAUGGUGCAAAAGAUUGAAGAGAUGGAGAGAAGAGACAGACAGCAAAAAGAAAAAAUGGUCAAUCGGGAAGCCGAGGAAGCAAAGAAGGAAACCAAAUUGGAAGUUGUAGAUAGGAGAUUAUGCAGGAGAGUGUGGGGUAGUGAUAAUUUUGAUUGGAUUUUUAAACCUUCAGAGGGCUUAUCUGGAGGAUUGCUAUGUAUUUGGGAAUCAACGGUGUUUAAAAUGAAGGAGGUGUUUGAGGGACGUUCGUUUGUGGGUGUUUUUGGGGCAUGGGGAGAAGAGCGGAUACCGGUGCAUUUCGUUAACAUUUAUUCUCCAUGCACUCUGGCGGGCAAAAGAGAGUUGUGGGAGGAGCUGGGUAACUUAAUUAACAGAAGGAAGGGUAGGUGGUGUGUAGGAGGCGAUUUUAAUGCUGUUACGAGGGUAGAGGAGAGGGCGGGGUGCAAAGACCCAACCAUAGAGAUGAACGAUUUUAACAGCUUCAUUCAUGAUGCGGGGUUGAUUGAUUUACCAUUGAUAGGCAGGAAGUAUACCUGGUACAGCUCCAAUGGUCGACAGAUGAGUAGAAUUGACAGAUUCCUAAUCUUUGUUGAUUGGCUUGAGAAGUGGGGUGAUGUGAAACAGUGGGGUUUGGGCAGAUCAGUGUCAGAUCAUUGUCCGCUGGUUCUGAAGAAUGAAAAAGUAGACUGGGGACCAAAGCCGUUUAAAUUCUUCGAUGCGUGGCUGGAGCAACCUGAUUGCAAGGAGCUGAUAAGAAAGACAUGGAAUUCUGCAGCGGAAGAGGGGAGAAAGGGAUUCAGACUAAAGGAGAAAUUAAAAGGAACAAAAAAAGCCUUGAAGGAGUGGAGUGGCAGUCAUAUGUCGGAAUUAGAUAGUAAGAUUAAGGAAGCGGAAAAGAUGAUAGCUUCCUUGGAUGAGAAAGGAGAAUCUGUUCAGCUAUCGGAAGAAGAAAACAUCAGGAGGAAAGGAUGCUUCCUAGAUCUGUGGAAGAACUUGAGAAUCAAGGAGAGAAUGUGGCAGCAGAAAUCAAGGAAGAUGUGGCUAAGAGAUGGGGAUGCCAACACAAAGUUUUACCACAAUUGUGUGAAGGGCAGAUGGAGAAGAAAUGAGCUAAACAGCAUCCAGGUUAAUGGGAAACAGCUGAGGGAGGUGGGUGAAUUAAAAGAAGGAGUAGCAAAGUAUUUUCAAGAUCUAUUCACAGAAUAUGACAGGCGGAGACCAAAGCUGGAUGGCAUUAACUUCAAACAACUAUCCCAUGAAGACAAUGAAACCCUCAUGGCUGAGUUUACAGAGGUAGAAGUUAAAAAUGCAGUGUGGGAUUGCGAGCCAACAAAAUCCCCGGGGCCUGACGGGUUUAACUUCAAAUUUAUAAAGGCUAUGUGGGAGGACAUAAAGGAAGAUAUUAUGGGCUAUAUUCAAGAAUUUCAUGAGCGAGGCAAGAUGGAAAAAGGAGCAAAUGCGUCGUUCAUAGUCUUAAUCCCGAAGGUUGAAAACCCCCAACGAAUUGAAGAUUAUAGGCCAAUUUCGCUCAUUGGAGUCAUGUACAAGAUCCUGGCGAAGUUGUUAGCUAACCGUCUGAGGAAAGUACUGGAUAAGAUUAUCGGGGAGCAACAAAUGGCAUUCAUUAAGGGCAGACAGCUGCUGGAUGGGGUGAUCAUUGCUAACGAGGUGAUCGAGGAGGUAAAGAGAAAGAAGAAAAGCAGCUUUAUAUUCAAGGUGGACUUCGAAAAAGCUUAUGACAAGGUAAGCUGGGACUUUAUUGAUUAUAUGCUGAUGAGAAUGGGGUUUGCUGCCAAAUGGAGAAAAUGGAUGAAGGAAUGUCUACAAUCGAGCACAGUAUCAAUCCUCAUUAAUGGAAGUCCAACAAGGCAAUUCUCGGUUAGUAAAGGGAUAAGGCAAGGUGAUCCACUUUCUCCCUUCUUGUUCUUAAUAGUAGCGGAGGGUUUGAAUGGCUUAAUGGCAUCUGCGGUGGAUAAGAAUCUUUUCAAGGGGGCGAGGAUUGGAAACGUUGAUGUGACGGUAUCCCACCUUCAGUUUGCAGACGAUACAAUAUUUUUUGGCGAAGCUUCAAAGGAGAACAUCCAGGUUAUCAAAUGCGUGCUGAGAACCUUUGAGUUAGCUUCGGGCCUCAAGAUUAACUAUGGUAAAAGCCAGCUAAUGGGGAUCGGGUCGCGGUUCUGCGCGGAGGAAACGAUCCCCUCCUCUAGGACCAAUCUCUCCGAUUUCCUGCCAUCUAUGCCGCCGCCAGAGUCUACUCCUCACCUUUCUAAUCGAGAAUCGUGGAGCCUUUUCAAAUACAGUAAUCUUGAAGAUGACGACUACGCGAUUUCUGGGCAGUCUUUUUUGUUUCCCGUUUCAUUAUUGGCUAUCGAUCGCAAAUUUUUAACGUGAAAUUGAUACUUCUGCACAAAAUUAGAUAUAUUCAAUAUUGGUUUUGCAUAGUUCGUAAAGUAGGCUAAUGUUAGGGUUUUGUUGUAAUUUUAAAGCCUUAGUGGUUGAUUUGGAUGGACAUUUUCAGUCUCUCUUUCUUUGGUUAGUGAAAUGGAAUUUUAUUGCAAUUUAAAUUCUGAGAGUGGGUUGAUUAUGAUACGUUAGUUAUUUUGAGAUUAUGGUAUGUGAUUAGUUCAAUAUUUUAUUAACGAACUAGACAAUGGGAGGUAUUUAAUAAAGAGAUAUGUAGAGA